AUGACUGUAAUUAGAAAAGAUAGUUCAGAGGAUUGGAAGGAACUUUCACCAAGCACAAUAUCCCUCAGAAGCCACUCAAUGUUGAAACAGGUGUUGUGCCUUGCCCUAGUGGCACUUGCAGCAGCCCAGAAUGUUGAUGAGCAGUGUGGGACGUGCGUGGUGGAUGGCGGUCCUUUGACAGAGAAUGGUGCCGUUGGCUACACUUACGAUCCUAACGACUGUGGCGGAUACUGGGUGUGCAUUAGGCGCAGUGAGAGAGGUGACGAUGGUUGGAUGUACACUGUUUUCACGAAAAGCUGUGCACCUGGAACUCUCUGGAACCAGAAAGUUCAGGCCUGUAGCCGGUGCGACGACGAGGCAGUAACUUGCGAAAACUCUGGUCCGAAACCUCCCCUUGGCUCUGACCAGUGCGACGGAUACGUAGACGGUACAACGCUGCCUCCUCUGCCUCCAGUGGAACAGCCAGACCAAAACUGCACUGACGAUGCCGGUUUGAUGAAGUCCUCAGUAAUUGGUGAGGCAAGCAAAUUCUUUAUCCAUUAUCCCAACCACGAUCCUCUUGGUCCAAUUUUCUGUGAGCCUUACAACUUCAGCCUGUCGCUUUGCAGAUGCAAUGCCCCUGAAUAUGAUGGCGUCGAUUUCGGCUUCGAGGGCAGCUUCUAUGCUGCAGGCAACAUUGCGUUCUCUGUACCAAACUCUCGUCGCAACGUGUACUUCGUCAACGAGUCCCGGGUUGGAGACCAGUCCGUGUACCUUGAUGGCAUGGGACACAUUGAGUUUCCCCUUUUCAAACAAAACAGCCCAAGGGCACCUUUUAGUUGCGCUCUGUGGUUCUAUGUGGAUCCCAUGGUCAGUAAUCAAAGAAAAGUGGCUUUGGUCAACAAUGCCAAGUGUCACAUCGCACCUACCUUUGAGUUGAGCGUGCAGGGUGGAGAGGUAGUUGUAACCAUUGUGACAGACAACGGGACUUUCUCAGCAAGCGGACAGUUGGGCGGAGCUUACCAGGGUGAGUGGCACCACGUCCGUGCCUCUUACAAUGGCGCCAUACUUUCACUGGUCCUUGACAAUUCUUUGGCCUCUGAGGUCCCUGCAGACGGUGAUUUGUUGAGCAAUGAGGCCGCAUGGGUCGUUGGCUUGAACUGUUAUCAAGAUACUCAGCAAGGGGGACCUUCAUCUUCUCUCACUGGAAAUGUGGACCAGCUUGAAAUCAGCUUCAAAGAAUACAUAAGGCCUUAGAGAGAAACAGGUUUAUUGACCAGACAUGCAGGAUAUUUAUGCUAGAUAUAUUGAACUGGUAUUUCUAUAUCUGGAACGACUAUUUCACAAGUAAUAGGCGUGUUGUUGAUGACGGACAGCGGGCACAUGCAUUCUGAUGUGAUCCAACACGAGAGCUACCCAAUGCACUUUCUCUGGAGGAUAUCAAACCCCUUACGUAUGACUCAUUAUUUUGACAUUCGUCAUAAUUGAGGAUGUGCGUAGAUGAGAUUUCAAUGCUUUUAGACUUUAUUAAUAGUGCACCGAAGCGUUCAAUGCUUAACCACCAGAUUUCCAAACCUGUCUAGACUUACUAACAGGUGUUUAAAACCGACUUUUUAACGAAGAACUGCUUACUGAAUUUGUUAAUUUGGACAUUAAAUAACGACAUUAAGCCAAAUGUCUCCAUGUUUCGCCUUUCUCAUUGCAAUUCUUUUCUAAUUAUGUUCGAAACUAAAUUGCGUGAGCAGUCAACUAACACAUGAAUGUUUAUUAACGUCAUCUCACAGAAUAUUUAGAUGGCAUUUUUUUUCAUUGAAUUUUAUGGAGAUCUUAUUCUAAUUAUUCAUUGCUUUUGAGAAAAUCUUGAAGUUUUUGAGGAAAAAAGGAAAGUAGUGACUUAAGAAUUCACCAAAUAAUCGAAUAAUCUAUUGAAGCAAACCAGAUGUGGAGUGUUAUCGUCUACAUGUAUGUACUGUCAU